ACCAUUUCGCCUCUUGCCCUCUUCGCGACUACCACUACCGCAUUGCGCAUACCGGCAGAUCGCAGUCCGCAGAUACCAAUCGCCAAGGGAAGAGUUGCUGCUACCAAUCGCCAAGACCGCAGGGCGCAGACGACGACGGCGAGCAUUCUCAGGCGCUCACAUUGGAACUUGGGAGGAAUGGGCCGAAAACCUGGCACCUUGUAUGUAAACCCAAAAAAGUUUGGGAGCCUUCAAAAGCCAUGUGCGAAGGAAAUGAUUACAUUUCUCAGUUGUCUGGCGCUGAAUCAGAACAAAGAUGAUAAAUGCAGUCGACAAAAAUCACUUUUAAGUACCUGCAUGGAGGCUCAGAGUGGCAAAAACCGAAAGUCUUGGGGGAGUGUCAAUUAUCACCUCCAGAAGCUCAACCGGGGAAAGAAAUAGUUCCUAUUUGUUCUAUUGGAUUUUACGUGCUCUAUUUGACCAGAGUAUGAUAUGAGACAGUAGGUAUGUUUGCAAAGAAGUUGCUGAGCUUAGUACCUUUUUAUUCUGAAUUAUGACAAAAUAUGAAUCUUAUUCUCGUAACAUUAAUGUAUUCAAUAAAAUCCUUCCCAAAUUGCUGCCA